GACGCAGGUUUGUGUUUGGACAGUCGAGUGCGUGUGUGGGCUGUGAGUGAGCCUGCGUUGGGACAAGUUCAAUCCAUUUACUUGUUUGUUUCUCUCUUUUUUUUUUACUUAAUUUUUUUUUGUGGUUUUAUUUUUACUGGCGAUUUGGAAGUAAUAUAUUUCUUUUCGUUUUUUAUUUAUUUUAUUUUUUAAUUUUACGAUGAUGGAUGGAACAAGCAACAUUAUCAUUGCCGUGGCGGGAACUCUGAAGGACCGACUCAAGUAUGUGAUGUCCUUCUGGAAGUCCUACGUGUUGAUCCUGACGCCCCUGGUCCUGCUGCCUCUCCCCAUCCUCUCCACGGGCAUGGAAGCAAGAUGUGGUUACGUCAUAAUGCUGAUGGCUGUGUACUGGAUGACGGAAGCAGUACCUGUGGCUGUCACCGCCCUGAUACCUGUGUUUGCCUUCCCUCUACUCGGCAUCAUGUCAACUGGGGAUGUGUGCAUUGUCUACAUGAAGGAAACAAAUAUGAUGUUCCUAGGAGGUCUCACAGUCGCUAUAGCGGUUGAACACUGUAAUUUGCAUAGAAGAAUCGCACUAAGAGUUAUUCUGUUUGUGGGUCAGUCCCCAAGGAGUCUAAUGGCUGGAUUCAUGUUAACUACGAUGUUUCUUUCAAUGUGGAUCUCUAACACCGCUACCACAGCUAUGAUGGUGCCUAUAGUGGAUGCUAUUCUGGCGGAGCUGUAUACGGCACGUGAAGUACAAGACAGUACUGCAAUUGAGAUGGAUUUAAGUGUUUCUCCAGCUAAGCAAAGUCAAAUGGAUCUGGUAAACAAUGACGCUAGCCAGCAGCAGAACCAGGGAGGAAACUUAAAGAAAACGGAGAGAGGAAACGCAAAGAAAACGGAGACGCAAGGAGAGGAUAACAAAGAGAGCAGCCUGGAAAUACAAAGAAGGAAGACGAUAAGAACUAUGGUGUUUCUAUCCGUCAUGUACGCCUCUGAUAUAGGGGGUACUGGUGUUAUCACAGGCACGGCUCCUAAUCUGAUAGUCAUGAGCACUUUAGAGAGCUCCUAUUCUGAACCCACGGGACUCAAUUUUCUCACAUGGAUGCUGUUCAACGUCCCUGGCAUGCUGAUCUGUGUGCUGCUUGCCUGGGUGUGGCUCCAGAUUAGAUACCUCGGCCUCUUCAGGAGAAACUCAGAAGCGAACGAGCUAGCCAAGGAGGUACCAGAGGAGCGAAAGCAGGCAGUACGGCGGUUGGUCGAGGCUAAAUACCGUGACCUGGGACCAAUUAGGACUCAAGAGAUCACUGUGCUUGUUCUCUUUAUCAUCCUGGUGUUGCUGUGGCUCUUCAGGGCGCCGGAGUUCAUCGAGGGCUGGGCUGGCUACUUCGAACACACAUAUGGAGUGGAGGUAGAUGACGCAACGCCUGCUAUGUUUGUUGUCUUUCUUCUCUUCUGUCUACCAGCAAAACUCGACUUUCUCUGCUUCCGGAAACCUCAGGAUCCCCCACGCGACAAGAACGACAAGAACGAGGUGUUAACAUGGCGGGCGGUGCAGGAGAAGAUCCCCUGGGGCAUUGUGCUACUUCUGGGAGGCGGAUUUGCUAUGGCUGAGGGGUCAAAGGUCUCCGGGCUUUCUUACUGGCUCGGACAAAAACUCUACAUCUUUAAGGGCGUCAACAAAGGUGUGAUUGUGCUGACGGUCACCUUGCUCACUGCUAUGCUGACGGAGGUGGCAUCGAAUUCAGCAACAGCUUCUAUAAUUCUGCCAGUUCUCAAUCAGUUGGCUCUGAACAUCGAGGUGAACCCGCUGUACCUGAUGCUGCCUGCCGCUGUGUGCUGCUCUUACGCCUUCAUGCUGCCCGUGGCCACGCCCCCUAACGCCAUCGUCUUCAGCGUGGCAGACAUGAAGAGCAGCGAGAUGAUGAAGGCCGGCAUUGUGAUGAACGUGGUGUGUGUCUUGGUGCUAAAUGUGAUGAUCAACACCUUGGGAGUGGUGAUAUUUGACCUCAACAAUAUGCCAGCGUGGACAAACUCAAGCCUCACUGUUUAGUUAUGAAAUGUGGUGACUGGUGGUGGUGGUGGUGGUGGUGGUUGUAUGUGAAAGGGUUAGUGAUGAUUUAUGGGUACUGGCGGUGAACUGUGAUGAGGGAAGUGGUGAUGGUGGUGGUGGUGAUGGUGGUAGUCAUUUUUUUCAUCACUCGUUUUCACCAUGACUUCUGAAUGGUGGUGAUGAGUAGUGAUGAUCUAGUAAAUGGUGCUGUGGUCCAGGUCAUCACUAUGUAUACCACUAUUAUUACUACACUAUUCAUCAUUCUUUCCUGAAAACUCGAGAUAGUGACUACUGGUGACGAUAGUGAUGAUUGGUGGUGUUUGUGAUGAUGACAUUCUCAGAUCUUCACUUUUUUUACAUCAUCUCUACUACCAUCACCACUAUUUACUGUGAUGAUGGUGUAGUAGUAGUAGUAGUAGUAAUAGUGGUGAUGUAAUGGUGAUGAUAGUGAUGUUGCAAGGUAUCAUGACACUCACCACCACUAUCUCCAUUAUAGUGAUUAAUAAGAGCGAUAGUGAUGAUGUUUGUGUCACCACCAGCACCACCACCACCGCCAUGAUGAUGAUACGCAUGUCACCACUAUUCAGUACACACACACACACACACACACACACACACACACACACACAUAUACUUACACGAACGCGAGUGAAUGAAUGAAAAAAUACAUACAAGGGAGGAAUUCACGCAAACACAUUAUUUCUAAGUACACACGUCCACUUCACGCUCGCACGCACCCGCACACACCACAGCGAACAAAAUACUGAGUGUGAACCCCCCCUCUCUCUCUCUCUCUCUCUCUCUCUCUCUCUCUCUCUCUCUCCGCGUGAUCAUUACCUGUUUUGCACGUGGCCAGAGAGAGAGAGAGAGAGAGAGAGAGAGAGAGAGAGAGAGAGAGAGAGAGAGAGAGAGAGAGAGAGAGAGAGAGAGAGGAAGGGAGGGAGACUUAUGUAAAUCUUUCUUAAAUUUCUAAUAAUACAUCGUCACAAAUUCUCUCUCUCUCUCUCUCUCUCUCUCUCUCUCUCUCUCUCUCUCUCUCUCUCUCUCUCUCUCUCUCUCACUCUCUCUCUGUUUCCUAACUUUAAAUAAAUCUUUAAUUCAGAUAUUUUUCUGUAUAAACGUUAAAUCUAUCUCACUUUCACAUUCUCAACCUAACCUAACAUUAAAAUUCUUCUUUAUCUUUUCCUUGUAUUUUUUUUUCCUUAAAUGACUUUCUUACUUUCACAUUUUCCUCUUCUAAUUCCUAUACCUUUCUUUUCCCGAUAAGGUUGAGUAAAUAUUUUUUUCCCAAAGUUUCCCAUAAAAGACUUAAAAGAUCCGUUUUCUUUGUUAUAUUAAUUUUAUAUGAAUGUAUGUAGGUGUUAGUCUGUCUAUCUGUCUGUCUGUAUGUAUGUUAGCAUGUACUAAUUAAUAACUGAAUAAUGAAUGAACAAAUUAUGUAUAAACUUGAAUACGUAAUAAACUGUUAUUUGAUUAA